CCGCCGCGGACGACGUCACGUCGAGUUUUCCUGUGAGACAACAAGAUUCAUUGUUGUGUGUUCCCAGUUCGCAACUGGCAGAUCGCAACGAUGGCUUCCGCCGAUAGGAGUUGACCGUGCAUGCUCAGUUCAACCUUAGCUGCGCUUCUUUCGCAGCAAAGAUACGCGAUCGAGCUUCCCCUCCUGGCAGCGGGAGGAGAGGAGGGAGGUGCAGCUGAGUGGACGGAUGCGCGCGGCGAGCUGUCUGCCCACGAGAUGGCGCUCGCGUUUUGUUUUUGGCGGGAAAGCUGCGCGGCAAUUCACUGGUGCGUGUCGCCUGCGUGUCGUUCCCGCUUUAUUGAGCCGAAGGAUCGAGGAUCAGCGACGUUCCGAACUGCAUUUUCGUCAAGAGCCGCGGUUGACCUGCGUCAGCUCCCCCCGUGCGUUUGUUAUUUGAUCCAGCGUUGAUUUGGGUAUCAGCUGAUUUCGAAUUGCAAACGAGUGAACGACCGCACGGUAAUUCCGUUGGUAAAGCAGCUCUUGAAGCCUUCAUAAAGAUGUCUGGCUCCAUUGGUAAACUCUACAAACGUCCUUUCACUGUAUGCGUGGAAGGCAACAUAGGAAGUGGUAAAACAACGUUUUUAAGCCAUUUUAAGAAAUUUGACAAUGUUACAGUACUAGAAGAGCCAGUUGAGCUCUGGCGUGACGUGUCUGGGACGAAUCUUCUGGAAUUAAUGUAUAGCGAACCGCGUCGUUAUGCCUUUUUAUUUCAAUCAUAUGUACAAUUGACUAUGCUCCAAUUGCACACUUGUAAGACCCCAUCACCAUACAAAAUUAUGGAGAGAUCCGUUUACAGUGCAAUGUGUUUUGUCGAAAAUUUGAAACGCAGAAAUGUAUUGCGUGAUGUUGAAGUAACUGUCUUAGAAAAUUGGUAUGAUUGGUGUUUGAAAAAUGCCAAUAAUAUAGAAACCGAUUUGAUAGUAUACUUGAGGACAACACCUGAGAUCGUAUAUGACAGAAUGAAACAACGAGGUCGUAAAGAGGAAAAUGCUAUCUCAUUAGAAUAUCUAAAGCAAAUCCAUCAGAUCCAUGAUGAUUGGCUCUAUCAUCAAACUCUAAAGCCAGUACCGUCACCGGUUAUAACCAUAAAUGGUGAUCGAGAACUCCAUGAAAUGGUAGAGGAAUUUGAAAAAUGUAAAAAUGAAAUCUUCAACAAAGUGAUAGACGAUAGUGAUGUGAAUAAUACGAUGAUUACGGUAUCGACAAAUCGCGUGUUACCCGAAAUUAAAGCUGUUUCAGAUUAAAUUGUAGAUUAAUAAAAUAAGAAUUUUAGUUAAUUUAAGUA